CUGUGUCCACAGGAAGAAGAGUCUCCAUGUGGGGAGGUGACACUGAAGCGGGACCGCUCUUUCUCAGAGCAUGACUUGGCCCAGCUUCGGAGUGAAAUGACAUCGGGCCUCCAGUCAGUCCUUCCACCACCAGAUUUGGAAUCAUCAAGGCCCCGAGCCAGCAGUGCACACACCUGGCGGCCAAGCACACAGGAGCAGGGUCCCCUCCCUGUGAGUGUCCAGUCCCGGCUUGACCCCAGCUCCCUGCCUUGCAGCAACCAAAGUGCAGUGAAGGACAGGUCUGAGGCCUCUCCUGCCCCAGAUGCCAAUCACCGGUGGUUGGAGUUCAGCCAUCCCGUGGAAAGCCUUGCUCUGACAGUGGAGGAGGUCAUUGAUGUGCGCAGGGUGCUGGUGAAGGCCGAGAUGGAAAAGUUUCUGCAGAAUAAGGAGCUUGUCAGCAGCCUGAAAAAGGGAAAGAUUUGCUGCUGCUGUCGGACCAAAUUUCCACUAUUCUCCUGGCCAUCCACCUGUCUCUUCUGCAAGAGAGCCGUCUGCAGCUCCUGCAGCAUCAAGAUGAAGAUGCCUUCUAAGAAGUUUGCACACAUCCCCGUCUACACACUGGGCUUUGAGAGUCCUCAGAGGGUGUCAACCGCCAAAGCCACACCAGCACAGAGAAGAGACAUCUUCCAGUCCCUGCAGGGGCCCCAGUGGCAGAGUGUGGAGGAAGCAUUCCCACACAUAUACACCCAUGGCUGUGUCCUCAAGGAUGUCUGCAGUGACUGCACCAGCUUUGUGGCCGAUGUGGUGCGCUCCAGCCGCAAGAGUGUGGACGCCCUCAACUCAACGCCACGGCGCACACGCCAGACUCAGUCCCUCUAUGUCCCCAGUACCUGGACUUUGGACUUCAAAUGACAGCCCCUAACUACUCAGGCAGAGGCCUGCUAGGAGGAGCUGGGCUAGUCCUGGAUGAGGCCAAGAAAGGCCCCUCCUGAGUAUACAUGUACAUAUAUAUAUAUAGAUAUGUUUAUGUAAUAUACACACAGCCUAUAUAUUUAUACGCCUUCUUGCCCCAGGUUCAUAUGGGCCAGGUUUACCAUGGAGGCAGUUUCCUUUCAGGAUCCCUUGGGUUGUGCAGGGGAUGGACUGGGAAGGGGUUUUCUCACUUGGAUAGGAAGAAAGAUGAGUUGGAGGAUGAGCAGAGGAUCCAGGUGGUGGGGCUCUUGGGAAGCCCUCACCCUGUACUAAUUCUCUUGUAUAUCUGAGGGAGACUCCAUCCAGAUUCCUGGGAUCAUGGGAGCUCUGUCUGGAUGCUUAUUGGGGCUGUGAGCUUUAGAGGCACCUGGGGAGCCUCUGCAAGCACUGAAUAUCUCCCAGCAAGCAUCCUAGGCACCCUUUCCCUCCAGCUGGAAGGUCCAAGGCCUCACUUACUCACUGCCUCCCAGCUUGGCAUCUGCUCCCCAGUCACCUGCCACAGGUGGGCGCUGUCCUCACAUACACGGGCGCAGGGGUGGGCUAUCAAUGGUGGUGUUCUGGCACCAGCAAGAACUCUGUAAAUCUGUACACAUGGUCAUUCUUGGCCUAAUAAAGAUGGUCUCACAGUC